CACUUCUUGUUAAUUCUGGAGAACAAAUGAUCAACGUCAACAAAUAACGUGAAAUAGUGUCUUUAAGAGUUGGAAUCAAUGUUUAUUUUGAGGCAUCGACCAUAGUCUUUAAACAAAAAGGAUAUAUUUAAGAAAGGAGAACAAAGGAAAGUCAAGUGAAAAUACUGGGGACCUGAAGCUUACUUUCUUUUUUGUCAAGCUCGUAAGUCAGGUGGCGUAAGCAGUCCGGAAGUCAUGUCCAGAUCGGGUGAUAGAACAUCCACCUUUGACCCAUCUCACAGUGACACCCUGCUGCACGGGCUCAAUCUCCUGUGGAGAAAACAGCUUUUCUGUGAUGUGACACUCACUGCCCAGGGACAGCAGUUCCACUGCCACAAAGCAGUGCUGGCGUCCUGUUCACAGUAUUUCAGGUCUCUGUUCUCCUCUCAUAUGAUCAACAAUGAGGGGCUUGCCAGCAAGGAUCAAGGCAGCAGUGGAACCCCCUCCUCUUCCCCUGACGACAAGCCAUUGCCAAGCGCCCGACCCAUCAACAACCUGGUGCUUCAGGGCUGCUCCUCCAUUGGACUACGGUUAGUGCUGGAGUACCUUUACACUGCCAAUGUUACCCUUUCCCUGGAUACCGUGGAGGAGGUGCUCUCGGUCAGCAAGAUCCUCAACAUCCCACAGAUCACCAAGCUUAGUGUGCAGUUCCUCAACGACCAGAUAUCUGUGCAGAACUAUAAGCAGAUCUGCAAGAUAGCAGCCCUGCACGGGCUGGACGAGACCAAGAAGCUCGCCAACAAGUACCUGGUGGAGGACGUGCUCCUGCUGAACUUUGAGGAGAUGUGUGCCAUGCUGGACGCCCUGCCUCCCCCAGUGGAGUCCGAGCUGGCUCUCUUCCAGAUGUCUGUGCUGUGGCUGGAGCAUGACAGGGAGACCCGCAUGCACUACGCCCCCGACCUCAUGAAGAGGCUGCGCUUCGCUCUGAUCCCCGCCCCGGAGCUGGUGGAGCGGGUGCAGUCGGUGGACUUCAUGAGGACCGACCCUGUGUGCCAGAAGCUGCUGCUGGACGCCAUGAACUACCACCUGAUGCCCUUUCGGCAACACUGUCGGCAGACAGUGGCAAGCAGAAUCCGUUCCAACAAGAGGAUGCUCCUGCUGGUGGGAGGCCUGCCGCCGGGUCCCGACCGCCUGCCUAGCAACCUGGUCCAGUACUACGACGAUGAGAAGAAAACGUGGAAGAUCCUCACAAUCAUGCCUUACAACAGCGCCCAUCACUGUGUGGUAGAGGUAGAGAACUUUCUGCUCCUGCUUGGGGGAGAAGACCAGUGGAACCCUAAUGGGAAACACAGUACCAAUUUCGUUAGCCGAUACGAUCCGAGAUUCAAUAGCUGGAUUCAACUUCCUCCCAUGCAAGAAAGAAGAGCUAGCUUUUUUGCCUGCUGCCUGGAAAAACACCUGUAUGUGAUUGGUGGAAGGAAUGAAUCAGGAUACCUGUCCAGUGUGGAAUCAUACAACUUGGAGACCAACGAGUGGAACUACGUGUCGUCCCUCCCCCAGCCUCUGGCUGCCCACGCCGGGGCGGUGCACAAUGGAAAGAUCUACAUCUCAGGGGGAGUGCACAAUGGAGAGUACGUGUCUUGGCUGUACUGUUAUGACCCUGUCAUGGACGUCUGGGCCAGAAAACAGGAUAUGAACACAAAGCGAGCAAUUCAUGUCUUAGCUGGAAUGAAUGACCGUCUCUACGCAAUCGGAGGAAAUCACUUGAAAGCAGGAUUUUCCCACCUUGAUGUGAUGCUGGUUGAGUGCUACGAUCCCAAAGCGGAUCAGUGGAACAUCCUUCAAACCCCCAUUCUGGAGGGCCGCAGUGGCCCCGGCUGUGCUGUUCUUGACGACAGCAUUUUCCUGGUUGGGGGCUACAGCUGGAGUAUGGGGGCGUACAAGUCGUCCACCAUCUGCUACAGCCCAGAGAAGGGCACAUGGACCGAGCUGGAGGGUGAGGUGGCAGAGCCCCUGGCAGGCCCCACCUGUGCCACGGUCAUCCUCCCAGCAUGCCUGCCAUUCAACAAGUGACCGCCUGGAAAGCAGCGCAGAGUUACCAUCAAAACUCGUGAUGGCAAACAGACCGAUCUUUAAAGAAAUAUAAAUAAAAAAAAAAAAAAAAAGAAUUUGAAGAAUGAUUGGGGAGCUCUUCAGACAAUAGGAAGUGUACAAAUUAUUUUUUUACUGGUUUGACAAGAGCACUUUCUUUAUUGCGAGUUGAAUGAUGAAAAAUAAUCACUUAUAACAUGUACAGUGUGUGUGUUCCAUCUGUGUUGAGAAACUGCAACUGUACAUGUUCAUAUUCCUUUUUUUUAAAUGGAAAGGUUUUUGCCUUAUAUGUUAAAGCACGCUUACUGUUCAAAUGAAUUGAUAUAACUGGCUUUAUGUCCAUUUGUAUUUAGUAUUUUUGUGGGAAACAUCCCUCUUAAAAAUAGUGUUUGAUCAGAAUAUACCAUUACUGUGGAGAGAGCAUUAUGAUCAUAUUAUUGUUUUUUUUUUUUUUUUAGAUCAUAUUAAUUUGAUCUAAAGUCAUUGAUGCUUGGUAUGUUGUAGACUAGAAUACAGCUUUUUAAAACCCAUGUGCUUGUACUAUUGCUCUAUGAUGUUUUUUUAAGCUAAGACAAGAUGCUCAGUUCAGAACACUAUGGCACAGAGGCAUUAAAUUUGAUCAUAACUGGGUUGUACAAUCAAAAAAGUUUACCUCUAGCCAUGUAUAUUAAUGGCCUCAAUUAAACAGAAAAAUAUGCUGUCUCUAUUAUGUGUUCUGUGGUAACUGUUAAUGUUUAACAGAUUUUCAACUUCUACAGUCUAAAUAAAUGAAGCAAAAUACUGUAGAUGUUUCCCCAGUCAAACAAUCAAAAUGUGCAAAAUACGGUCUUACAUGACAUAAUCAAAAGAGUGAGACUGACAAAUUUCAGAUUUAUUGACAUUUUACUCCGGUAACUGUUUUAUCAUAUAUGUACAGUACUGUAAUGUUACUUGAUGCCUAACUGAAGUAGGAGAGUUAAAAUUACUUUCAUGAUUGUAAAUAUUUCAUUUGGUGAAACAUUUUUGUGCACUCAACAUUGGAUUUAUUCUCAAAUCCUAUUCUGUCCUUUGCAUUUUAGAUUAUGAAAA